GGACGGGGGGCGGGGCUUCCGGCGGGGCGGCUGAGGCGGCGGCGCUCUGAGGGAGCGGGAGCGGGGCCGCCAUGAUCAAGAAGUUCGAUAAAAAGGACGAGGAGUCCGGUAGUGGUUCCAAUCCUUUCCAGCAUCUGGAGAAGAGCGCUGUGCUCCAGGAGGCACGGCUCUUCAAUGAGACCCCAAUAAACCCACGAAGAUGCCUUCACAUCCUUACCAAGAUCCUGUACCUGCUGAACCAGGGUGAACACUUUGGAACCACAGAAGCCACGGAAGCUUUUUUUGCCAUGACCAGAUUGUUUCAGUCUAAUGAUCAAACCCUCAGAAGAAUGUGUUACCUCACAAUCAAAGAGAUGGCAAAUAUCUCUGAGGAUGUCAUCAUUGUCACCAGCAGUUUGACCAAAGACAUGACAGGGAAGGAGGAUGUCUAUCGAGGCCCGGCCAUCCGAGCUCUGUGCAGGAUCACUGACGGUACGAUGCUCCAGGCCAUCGAGAGGUACAUGAAACAGGCCAUUGUGGACAAAGUCCCCAGCGUGUCCAGCUCUGCACUGGUGUCUUCCUUGCACAUGAUGAAAAUCAGUUAUGAUGUGGUCAAAAGGUGGAUUAAUGAAGCUCAGGAAGCAGCUUCCAGCGACAACAUCAUGGUACAGUAUCAUGCUUUGGGGCUGCUCUAUCACCUUAGGAAAAACGAUCGCCUGGCUGUCUCCAAGAUGCUGAACAAAUUCACCAAAUCCGGCCUGAAAUCCCAAUUUGCCUACUGCAUGCUGAUCAGGAUUGCCAGCAAACUCCUCAAGGAAUCCGAGGAGGGCCAUGAAAGUCCCCUGUUCGACUUCAUCGAGAGCUGCCUGCGGAACAAGCACGAGAUGGUGAUUUAUGAGGCUGCCUCUGCCAUCAUCCACCUGCCAAACUGCACUGCCAGGGAGCUGGCACCUGCUGUCUCAGUGUUGCAGCUUUUCUGCAGCUCCCCCAAACCCGUCCUGCGCUACGCAGCCGUCCGGACCCUCAAUAAAGUGGCCAUGAAACAUCCAUCUGCAGUCACAGCCUGCAACCUGGACCUGGAAAACCUGAUCACAGAUUCCAACAGGAGCAUCGCCACGCUGGCCAUCACCACGCUGCUGAAGACGGGCAGCGAGAGCAGCGUGGACAGGCUGAUGAAACAGAUCUCCUCCUUUGUCUCAGAAAUCUCAGAUGAGUUUAAGGUGUGCCUCUGCUCUUUCCAGCUGCAGGGGUUUGUUGUUUUUUUCUCCCAUUUUUGGGUUUUCUCCCAUUUUUUGGGGUUUUUUUUGAUGGAAUUUUUGUUGUUUGUUGACGCUUCAGUGGUUUCGUCUGGCGAGGUAAAAGUCAGGAGGUGCUUUCCAGCUGUAAAAAUAUCCUGGGUGAAAAAUACAUCCUUUGAUUUAUUGUUUUUUAUUGUGAUUAUGAUAUUAUCCUGAAUAUUAUAGAUAAAAAUAUCCUAUCCUUCCUGCCACCGCUCCCAGAAAAGCGAAAUAUCAUUUAGUGCAUUUCUGCUUCCUGUGCAAAUAUCCUGCAAAUCUCCUACUUCCUUCUGGUAGUUUUAGAGAGGAAGAAGGGUUUUAAAUGUUCUUUUUUUUUGAGUUUAUAUCACAUCAGUCUUGAUGCAUGGGUAGGAAGCUGUGCUAAUUAUAAAUUUCUACCUAAUUUGUAAGUUUUCUAGUGAUUAAAGUGGUAAUGAAUCGGUU